UCGACUUGAGCAAGCAGACGGAAACGGUAAAGAAAGGUAACGAAGGUAAACACACGGGAGUUGGUGCGUGUAUCGAGAAGGGUUUGUUUCAUUUGGACGUGGUCUCACCGAUACCUGAAGAUGGACACCGUGUUCGCGCCAAGGGUUCGCUGCUACCUCAAGAACCUUCUCGAACACACGAUGCAAAACUUGACGACACCACACCCGAUCCGGCUGGUCAGCGCUAGUCACGGGGGUCCGAAGGAUGGAACCAAGCAGCUGUGCGACAGGUUCAAGAUAUCCCUGCCCUACGCUGGACAGACCGUGACAUGGGAAGUUAUUUUUCAAGCGCACAAGCCAGAGCUUCCGCCAGAUUUUAUCUUCGACGAUACGUCGUUCCUGCCAAACAUAGAGGAAGUGCCCAGCCUCUGCGACUGGGACUCGGAAGACGACCAAGCGCUGACAAACGUCAUCCAGGAGCUGCUGGAGCAGUACCGCAAGCACCAGGUGUCGAUGCUGGACGAUUCGCCCAGGCUGCAGUUCGAGUACUCCUCCCUCGUCCACCAGUCCGACAUCGCCGAGUCGAACAUACAGGUUCACCUCAACAAGAAGAAUCCCGGCAGUCCAGUCAGGUUCUGGAUCACGCUGCCAAUCGACUUCUCAAAACUCCCGCCAUUGUUUGCAAAGGAUGCAUUUUCUCACCAAGCCCGAGGGGUCGUUCAUGACCCCUUUAAGACACGACUUGUUCAACUCGGUGAAUCGACCUCGCUUAGUGAUGGAAAAUGCUUGUUCCCCAAAAAGGAGAACCUCUCUGAAGACAUGGCCAUCCUGCAAGUGACGUUCCAAAGUCCGGAGGGGAGCCGCAUACUGCCACAGCUAUUUCUGUCUCCACGAGUCGAGGCGCUUGGCGGCUCACUGGCAGUGAAGCUGCCAAGCUUCAACAAGGACAGCUGCCUAAUGGAUUACGUGCCGCAGGUCAAGGAGCUUCUUGAAAAAAAGGUUGAACAAGUGUCAACGUCGUUUGCCAAGCGCAAGGAGUACGUGGCAGCUUUCCUCAACCUCUUCGGCAGGAACCUUUUGGAGUUUGACGCAGAGGGAUUUGCAAGUUUGUCAUUCCUCUUCGAGCACGAUGACUUCUUUUUCAUCCUAAUCAUUGCCAUCCCGCGGACGUUCCCGCAAGACAAGCCCUCCCUGACGUUCCAGUCGGCGUACCACACCAGCUGUGGAUGGCCCUACAGCAUCACCUGCACUGACUACCCGUACAGCCCGAGGUGGGAGGCAUCCGAGAUGGCGGACCGAGCAAGGACAUUUGUGAUGGACUACGUCCCGAGCUUCCAAACCAGCUCCGUGAAGAAUCGCUGAAGUCUAGCUGCUGUUCCCAUCUCCGGAAGAACAUCUGGUCUUUUAAUCAUUGUACAUACGAGUAAAUAUUUUCUUUUUUUUUCUC